GGAUCCAGCCCCUUUCGCCUGGUUUUGCUUACCUACGGAUGAGCCAUAUCUAGGGUUUCCCAAAACUUAAGGGGUGUCUAGGACAUGGGUAGCCAACCCUGGUCCUGGUGAGCCACAGGGUCUGCUGGCUUUUGUUUUCAGCUUGAACACAACGACUACUUAGACCAAAGAAACCUCCGUGUGAUGUCAGCAGUACUGCACACCAACGAGGGGCGUGGGACUCAUUUGUGUCUCCUCCUCUCAAAUUUAAGAGUGACCUUUCAAAUGACCACUCUCUUACGUCCACUUAAAAUCUGUUGUCUCUAACCCUUCAGGUGGCUUGUUGGUCCCCUGGAGUCAGAGGAUGAAGAAGCAAAGAAAUUUUUGUGCAGCAAUUAAUGGUGCUGCUAACGAGGUGUGUCCCAAUUAGGGGAACUAAUGAAUCCUCUGUGUUCCAGUAAUGUGCCUAGUCAGCUCCCAGUAGGGAUGUCCUUGGUGCCGUGGCUCAACUAAUCCCCUUAACCCUUUCCGUCUCUACUCUGGUGCUGUUUGUCAUCCUUUUAUUUGUUGUAGGUGAGUAUGCGGCAGCCACAGUUGAUCAGGUGACUAUGACGGUAUUCCUUAUUUUAGCCAAUGGUUGGAUGGAGCCAAUCCAGGAGAGGCCAGAUUUGUACCACGGGUGUUGUCAUGGGGCUCCUCAUCUGUUGUGUGUGAUAAAUGGGCUCAUUUGUGUCUCAAGCACCAAAAAAAAGUAGGCGUGGCCACUGUUUCUGCCAUGGAAAACUGUGGCUAUAAAGGGAUUUUCACACUGACGGCACUGGCACUCUGUUAACGGGGUUUGGAAUGAAGGGGAAGCUGGAUGACUUGAGGCUGUAGACAAGUGGAGCAAGGAGAAGAGGGAAACGUAAACGGAACUAGCACAAAAUGCGGGAGCAACAGCUACGGAGCAAGUGACAAGAGUCACAGUCCAAGUAGGCUCAGGCGGUUGCUUAGCAGUGGGCGCCCAUUUUGUUCGUUACUUCAGUGCCGGUAGAUCCGAAAAACGAUGGAUGACGAAAUGACAACUUUGGAGGAGAUCGGAAUGGGGCUGCGAGUGAAUAUUUCCCCAACGCAGACGACAUUCUACGUUAUGCUGGUCCUUUUCGGGAUCUUGGGAAACGGCAUGGUGGUCGGCGUGGUCGGAGAAAGCGUCAUCCGCGACAGUGGUAGCGGGAAGGGCUCCGAUAUCAUUCUGGUGAACAUGGCACUAUCAAAUCUGCUGGUGUCACUGAUGAGGAACUCGCUCCUGGUGCUGUCUGACUUAGGAUUGGAGUUAUACUCAUCCAAAGAAUGGUGCCAGUUAUUGAUGUGCAUCUGGGUAUGGCUUCGGUCCGUCAACGUGUGGUCGACUUUUUUCCUCAGUGCUUUCCACCUGCAGACGCUGCGGCGCGUCGCCCCUUCCGGAGGACAUUCGUACGGCCCCCGGGGGCCAUCCAAGCCCCUACUGCUGGGUUUGGGUUCUAUCUGGGCCAUCAACCUCCUGUACUCAAUCCCUGCUUUUAUGUACUCCACUAGUGGUGACAGGAAUAGCACUGAGACGUUGAUGUUGAUCAGCAGUACGACGCGCCCCCUGCUGGGCUGUGUGUGGAACUUCCCCUCACCGUACGGUGGCUUGGCUUACGCCACCAUUUCCAUGGUGAUCCACGAGACCUUGCCGAUCAUCCUCAUGUCCAUCACUAACCUGGGCUCCCUGUACACGCUCUACGCUCAUGGACGGAAGCGCGCCGCCACCCACGUGACACAGAACGCCCCCGUGAUUCGCAGGGUCCCAGCCGAGAGGCGAGCUGCCAAGGUGAUUCUGGCUCUAAUCAUGUUGUUCAUUGUAUCCUGGGGGACCAGCAUCAUCUCCGUUAACUACUUCAAUUAUAACCGUGGAUCCUCUGCAGAGUUUCUCCUGGUUGUGGCACGCUUUGCCAACACGGCCUUCAUUGCCCUGUCUCCCAUGGUGCUGGCGAUUGGCCACCGUCGCCUCAGGGCUUUCAUCAGGUCUGUCAUAGUUCACUGACAGUUGGGCUGUAUGACCAGAGUGGGAUAAAAAAAAAAAAA